AUGUUUCCUAUCAGUUUACAGGUGAAAACUGAUGAAGACGAUGAUAAUUCAACAACAGCUCCUUUUAAUGAACUUGAAGCAUUUGAUUCUAUGUGGGAUGCAUUAAGAUGGAAACAUCUACGAAAAAGAGUACCUAUAUGUUUUAAAAAAACUCUACACAAUCGAUAUAUGUUAGUUAAUUUAAUUUAUUUGGGUUAUACAAUUACACUUCUAGUCAUUGAUUUUUAUCCAGGUUUUAAUUCAAACUCUUCUGAUACUUCUAUAACAAUAGAAGAAUCUAAUUAUACAAUAUCUAUUCUUGAUCAACCUGUAAUUAU